AUGCAUCAGACUCCACGUGGAGGCCAGGAGGUCCCUGUCACUACGCGAUUUAUUCCAUUAUGUCUAGAACAAGUGAACAUUGUUAACUGUCCCUUCUCAUACGCGGAUGGAACCUCCGUGGGCCCACGAGGCACUGCAGCUUUACAAAUCCUCAGCACCAUUCUGCAUGGAGUUUUGAGGCUAACGCGGCAUCCUUUGAGCUACCCGAUAAUUCACACAAGUUUGAUCGUUGUUCGACUAGUGACUAGGAAUCGAUUCGACAGUUCUGAUUCUCAGUUGCGGAUACGGGAUCUCAUGUGCUCCUCGGAUUUCCACGACUUCAAUCAGUGGUUAAACACUGCUGAGACCACUAGCGCGUAUUGCCUUGCAUUCCCACGAACCUACAGACAGCUCAUGGCUACACCGACAGUGCCACGGCCACCCAGCGAGUGA